AUGAUCGGAGCACGACCAGCAGCAGGUGGCGGCAGAGUAGGUGGUUUAUUAGGUGGCUUAGGUGGUGCUAUCACCUGCCUUUGUUGUUUAUCAGCACUCGGUCUUAUUGGACUAUGGGCAACCUUUAUUCCAUUUGUUGCAUUCUUCAAAUAUGCCUAUGAUCAAGAUGUGAGAGCAUACGGUGCUGGUCCAAGCAUUCAAAAUCUCCAACAAAUUGUUCUACUUCUCGCUAUCUGCCUGUUAUCAAUUCGUUUUGUCAAACGACAGAUGACCACAUAA